AUGCGCGUUUGCGGCUUGCCUGUGCUCUCGGCCGCCUCGCUGAGCGAGACCGAGCGCGGUGCUGGUGGCGCCGACACUGCCGAUCCGUCGAGCACUGCGACGGCUGCUCAACCAAUGAGAGUCGGCAGCGCUGCCUCUGCGGCUGGUGCGCCUGCACAAACCACGCCAAGCGACUGCAAACUGGGCGCAAACCUGUCUGGCAAUGCUCUGGGCGAGGAUGUCAAUGUGGAAACCACUCGAGUCCUUCAGCUUGAUCCUGCCUCGACGGCUCGCACCGCAAAUGCGGCGGCCUCGCUGGACCAGAAGAACCGGUCCGCGAGUGCUCCGCAGCAGCCUCGCUGA